AUGGCGACCACGACCCAAGUCUCCAACGAGCAGUUUCUGUUCAGCUGCAUUGACCACUCCAACGGCGGAACCGUCAACUGGCAGAACGUCGCCGACGAGUGCGGGAUCGUCUCCAAGGGUGCUGCCGCCAUCAAGUACAAACGUCUCAAAGACAAGUUCGGCUCGGCUUCUGGCAAGAGUAGCGAUGGCGGCGAAGGAGAAGAGGGCACCAAGACGCCAAAGAAGAAGAAGGCUGCAGACAAGACCACUUCGGCCAAGAAGGGCAGCGCGAAGAAGCGCAAGCUCAACGACGACGACGACCGGGAGGCUCAGGACUCUCCCGUCAAGGCGGAGAAGGAGGAGAGUGACAUCUGA